AUGGACCGCAUCGUCGGCCGCAAGUUCAAGCUCGGCCGGAAGAUCGGCUCCGGCUCCUUCGGGGUCAUCUACCUCGCCACGGAUAUGGACACCUACGAGAUCGUCGCGGUGAAGAUUGAAAGUAGCACCUCGAAGCAUCCCCAGCUGUUUUAUGAGGCAAAGAUCUACAACGCCCUGCAAGGAGGAAGUGGCAUUGCGAAUGUUAAAUGGUGUGGUGUGGAUGGGGAGGAAAAUGUUCUUAUCAUUGAUCUGUUGGGCCCGAGCUUAGAAGAUUUGUUUGUCUACUGCGGCAGAAAAUUCACCUUGAAGACUGUCCUAAUGCUUGCAGACCAAAUGCUUACAAGGAUAGAAUUUAUGCAUUCCAAAGGAUACUUGCAUAGAGACAUAAAACCUGACAAUUUCCUAAUGGGUCUCGGCCGGAAGGCAAAUCAGGUCUAUGUAAUUGAUUUUGGGCUUGCAAAAAGAUACCGUGAUUCUACUACGAAUCGACAUAUUCCUUACAGGGAACAUAAGAACUUAACUGGCACUGCACGUUAUGCAAGUAGCAACACUCACCUUGGAAUUGAGCAAAGUCGACGGGAUGAUUUGGAAUCUCUUGGCUAUGUUCUCCUAUAUUUUCUCCGAGGAAGUCUUCCCUGGCAGGGACUAAAAGCUGCAACGAAAAAGCAGAAGUAUGAGAAGAUAUGUGAGAAAAAGAUUUCAACACCUAUCGAGGUGUUAUGCAAAUCCUGUCCAGUAGAAUUUGCAUCUUACUUCCACUACUGCAAGUCAUUGACAUUUGAUCAGCGGCCUGAUUAUGGAUUCGUGAAGCGCCUUUUUCGAGACUUAUUCGACCGCCAAGGUUAUGAUUUUGAUUAUGUCUUUGACUGGACUGUUUUGAAAUAUAAACAAGGCCAAAAGACCCAGCAUGUUCCUGGGGCAACUAUUACUCGAGCAAUCCCAACACAUCUUGACAAACGAGCGGGUGUAAAUGGGGAUGUCCAUCCAAAUGAAGCCCAUGAACAGAUGGAGUCAAGCCAUAUGACCGGGUCAGCUGCACAGUUACAGAGGCAAAAUAUGGCUGCCAGUGCCAGAAAUGAAAACCCGAAGAAUGAUGGGAAUUCAAGACAUAUAGUGCGUAUUGACGCUUUUCAUCAAAAUCAGGGUUUUGACAGCAAUACUGGCUCUCCUAGCGCUUGUUUUCCGACACUUCCGCACAAUGCCCCAGCAAGGUGA